AUGGAAGUAAAGCCCAGCACACUUGUCCGGUUAAUCAACGGUUGUAGUCUCGGUACGAUUCCAUUCCUGAUCGAUGCAAUGAGCGAUCGUGGCAAAGAACAUUCAAUCAAUCUACCCGUUGUGUAUCGUCACAACGCAGUACUACCCCCGGAGGUGGUCGGUGGACACUACAGGCACAACAUCACCCGUACGAAUCCACCAUUCGGGAGGAGCAAAAGCGAUCUUAAUCUAUCGGGUGGAAAAUUGGAGCUUAAUCCCGAUGGAGCUCCCGAUACCUCCACGAGCCUCAAUCCGGAUGCUUCGUCAGCUCUAAUCCUUCGUUCCUCACGAAACGCAUCGACACCGGCUGUUACACCAACUCCACCACCACUUCCACCGAAACCGAUCACCAUUACCGGUAUCUACCAAACCGACAGUGGCCGUCGCGUGUCUUCCAUUACACCGUCGUACGAUAUUUCGAAAAGUAUCGCGGAAAGUGCAAUGGACAUUUCGCUUCUGACGGCGAAUGCGAAUCAGCUGCGAUUGCUCAUCACCUACAACCAAGGUUCCAAGACGUACGUCGCGUGCAUAACGUUCGUUAUAAUGUCGCUGGUACUGCAAAUGCUGGUCGCAAUUACUAUGAUCGUAGUUUCGCUCACCAAACCUCAGCGCGAUGAUCCGAAACGGCAGCGGGUGAAGAUCGUAACGUCGAUCGGUGUAGCGAUCAUUACGAUGAUAAACAUCCUUGUAGCAUCGCUGGUUGUUGCCGAACAACCUCCCAAUGCUAUCGUUGCCUCUUCCGGCAGCAUGGUCGGUCUGCUGACCAAUGUUAAUAUCACCGAUACAGCACUUGGCGGAACAUAGAACGCAGCAAGCACGGAAGAAC